AUCAGUUGUUCUUUCUCCAAGAUCCACCUUUGAAUCUUGGAACCGGGGAUCAUAUCCGAUCUUCACCAUUUUAGCAGUACCUAUUCUAUCACUUUACGAGAUAAAGUUGGUAGAUUAGCUUCAUUAUGUCCAAAUCACCAUCGAAUAGCAAGGAUACCUCCACAUCAAAGACCCAGGAGUCUAACGAAGCUUCGGCAAAUGCGUCCGCCUCGGCUGCUUCGACGCAAGCUGAGAUGGUUAAGGCAUUCCAGGACCUCGCAAGGGGCGAACAACAAGCAGCAGCUCUAGAAGCGAGUUUGGCAAGUUUAGAGAGCAAGCUUGAUGCCUUGUUAGCAUCCUUUGAAGGUGAUCCUGCCUCGUUCGAUGCAAAUCAGAUGAAAGGGGACUCUAAAGAGCAGGGGCCAAAUGCAGAAAAAUAAUAUGCUGCUUUCCUCCUCCUCUACAUAUCGAGCCACGUUGUGUUAAUCUAGCGGGGGCUUCCGCUGUGGC